AUGUCUCUUCCUCAGCUUGAAAUUGCGUUGCGGAAAAAAUUGUUGGAAAAAAUGGGUCGCAGGGUAAGGGUAUCUCUUGUCGACAAGGAACACGUCAAGUGUGGCAUAUGCAGUUCUGUGAUCUCUAUUAAUAAGAAGUUUGAAAUUGUCCAUGUAGUUCGACACUUCAACGCUUGGCAUCCCACCAACCAUCAAUGUGCUGGUCAAUGGCAGAAACGAACACAGAGGCCUGGAGUUGGCAAGCCGCUUUCGAAGCAGGAUUUUGCUGUCAUUGACUUAUCGCAUACUCAGCCUGACAAUCUGCAAUGUAUUUGGUGUGGGAUGUUUAUAGAUGCCACGACCAUAGCGGUUCACUUCACGGAAUGCCACCCCGGAGAAGUUGAAGUGCCAAAGUGUCUGCUCUGUAUUCAGGAGCUUGUGAUAAACGCACGUGUCAUAGAGAAGUUUGGUUCGGACUUUGACAUCAUUCUUCCUGAUGAAUUCCACAUUAAAGUUGAGAAACUGAACAAGCUGUUUACGUCUG